AUGUCUGAGAUGAACGGUGAAGACAAGGGAGAAAAGGCACACGUUUUGGGCGCUCGCGCCAACGGCAGAACAUUCUUGCCAACGUUUGCGCCCAACGCCACUGCCGACGCGACUACCAAGACCAACGGCGUGCCAGACAAGGAAAACACACCAGCAACCAUGGCUAGCGGCGCGCAUUCACGCAAGCCGAGUGCAAGUUCGCUCUCCGAUGCCAGAUCAAUCUCGCCCGAGGCUUCGCGCAUACCCCGACCAUCCUCCCGCGCGAGUCCUCAGACGCGUCGACCGUUCACCCUCAACGAAGCCACCGACUGGGCAAAGUCCCGACUGGCCCAAGGCUCCCCCCAGCCCGGCGCCCCGACCCACGCGCGCCCUGUUACCGCAGCUCGUCGAGAUGGGACCUUCAGCUCGAAGGACAGUUUUGGGUCCUCGUCACGUAAGGGAGACGAGUCGGACAGCGAGAUCGACCGCAAGCUCAAGCAGUUCGAGGAGGACGAGAAGAUCAUCAAAUCCAUGAAGGAAGACAAGAAGGGCCUGUUCAACAAGCCCAAAUUUGGGAUGAACGGGGCUGGUGCCAACUCCAAACCCAGUCAUACCACGAGAAAUGGCAGCUUUGGUGAUGCCGAUGCGGACGACAAGAAAUCUCGUCAGUCAUGGACUUUCGCGGAAACAGGGUAUGCUAAUCCCGAUUGGAUUAAACGCUUCGAAUCGGAAGAGCAGGCUUUGGAUUUCGCCCCUGGCCGACAGUCAAGGAUAGAUGGCUUUUCGAGCUUUGGAAACCGCGUAGCAGGCUCAAAGAGGAAGUCGGCAAGUCAGAGUCUACCGCGACACGAUGGACCAGCGUCGGCGAUUCCACGACCGGCCACGGUAGCCCCUAUUCAGUCCCCGAACAAGAGCUACGCCUGGCAAGUUGACGAGGACUUCACGGCUGGAGACUUGCAGGUCUCCAACAGCCCCCCCCUGAGCUUCGGGCGUGCCAACACGAAGUUGGAUGAGAUCAGGAAGCUGGAGAUUGAUGCCGAGCUUGACCAUCCCAUCGAAAAUCAUCGCUUCGUACCUCAGCGCACGAAUACAAAACUCGACGAGAUUUUGCAACGGGAGACGGACGCCGAGCGCAGAUACCCAGCUCCCAAGAUCGAGGAACCAAGUACAGAGCCGGUUGACGAACUGUCAACGAGCGCCGAAAGGAGGAAGCCAUUAUCAACGUCAGAUCUGGCAAAGUCCGGCGGAGAAUCCCUUCGUUCACUGGGGAUCGAGUAUCUUCCCGAAAAAGUUCAACCGUCGACACGACUCAAGGACACCAUAGAGCGACAGACCUCCCGCUCACCUUCCCCACGGGCUGAGCUCAAGGACAGCCUUGGGCGAUCAGAUCAAACCAGCCCGCGUAUGAGCCCCGAAUACAAGGCGCAACCGCUCAAGCAUGACUACACUGGGUUGAAUGGAGAAAAGAUCCCCAAUACGCCCGUCACAAUUUACAGAAAACAGUCUCCGACUCAGCCAAGUGAUGAGCAGAACGGCCUUAACCCGAGCACCAACUCAACCUCGGUACACCCUGUGAUGGGUGUGCCUCGAGCAAAGGAAGAUUCCCAUGAUCUUCUCCGAAGGUUGGCUAGGGCAUCAAGCAAUAGUCCCAUUCCCAGUCCUGCUGAGGAGGGUGGGGCGGAUAAAGCUCAAGAAGAGGACGUAGGAGAGCCGUCAAAUUCGCCGGAAACGGAUCCAGUCGUCGGGGGGGUCAAUGUGACCGACAAGACGACUGAAUCAGAUCAGAGGCUCCCAUCAUCGCUGGGCAUGAACAAAUCCAAUGCUCUUGCCAAGCCCACGGUUGGCUUUGCGGGCAUCUCUCGGUCCCCGUCCACUAAGAGUGUGUCGUCGACGCAGAGUAGAGCAUCAGCAGACCCAACUGCACGAAUUGAGGGCGAGAUGAAGCUUUUUGCGCUCAUGGACAAUAUGUCAGAACGAGGAUCAAUUCGUGCUCCAUCGCCUCGACAAGACGUCGAUUCUGAAUCCGAGGACGACGGUGGAAAGGCAGACGAGACCCCUCGAGCCCCCACCAAGUUCGACCCUCUAUCUAUGCCUACUCCAAAAGUAACUGGUGCCUACGUCGAAACUCCCGUGACCGUCAAAACCGAGCAAGUCCAAAUCAAAGAAGACCCAGCCGUAUCGACUCAAGAGCCAGAAAAGAAGGCUAGGCUACAGACUCGAGACACAAGCACCUCGCCCCGCUCAUCGAAGUCAGACGGCCAGAGAUCAAAUGUGCGCUCCAAUUCCAUCUCGAAAUUGCGGCGAUCGAGGUCAACUCCGCGCAGGCGCUCACCAUUGACGAACUCGAUCAAGCCGCCUACUGUGGAGGACGACUUGAAGCAAAUCCACUUGAGCAACAAUAUUGACGAAUCCACGACGGACGACUUCGAUGACUUCGUGCUUGCUUCCAGAAACCCCGACGACGCUGAGCACAAUCUUGGGAACGGAGUGUCCGACUCCGAAGAUAUGGAUAUCCUGCCUCAAGACAAGGAAUUGAUGAGGAUGAUUCACAUGGGUAAGGCUUUAAACCCAGUCCUUGCUAGUAUCCGGCAGGCCAAGAAGGGCAUUGGACGUCUUGAAGAUCGAGUUGCACAAUCCGAGCAAUCCACCGAAUCUGUCAAGAACGAGACUACAGAGCAGCCCGACUACGGCUACGCUGUGCCUGUCAAACUCGAUGAAUGGCUCACUGGUGGCAUGGUCCGCCCACAUGCGGCUCACUGGUUGCAGGAAGCGUCAGAUCUAUACGCGGAUCUUGACGAUUGGUGGACAGGAAGAGACCUCCGCGAUGUCAACUCCGGUGCUAUCUCAGACCCUGCCAAGAGGGAGCAGUACUUUCGACGCAUCGACAAGAAGGGAUUGCGGCCAGCGUGGAAACCUCGACCAGCAUACAGGGCCAUGUUCGAGGCUCUGGAGCGAGAGGCGCUGGCGGAGGAAGAGGCUGAGGCUCGUGGCGAGACACACUACGGGCUACGCGGCAACCUUGCUGAUGAGAUGAUGGGUAAAGACGAUGUGCUUCCCAGAGCCACGGAGGCCCAGGAACCGCCGCGAACGAUCUGGUUUUGA